AUGUCGUUAGAGUUGCCUGGUUUCGACUUGGCAUACCGGAACGUUCUGCUGAAUGGUCGAGUCGAAUACAGUGUGAAAUUUUUUGGUUCGCAAGAAGUAAAAGAAGCGAAGGGGACUGAAGUAAUUCGAGACGCUAUCCAUGCUAUUCAAUUCCAAAAUGGCCUGAAACGGUUUGAAUCCACACAGGCUGGCAAUAAACUUCAAAAAGUUGACAUCCAAAUAAACGUUGAAGGAGUUACAAUAGUAGAUUCGAAGACAAAAAUGGCUCUCCAUCGAUAUCCUCUUCAAAAAAUCUCUUUUUGUGCCGAUGAUAAGCAGGAUAAAAGAAUAUUUUCGUUCAUUACAAAGUCGGAGGCCGACCCAUCAAGACACGAAUGCUUUGUUUUUCUAAGUGACAAAAUGGCCGAACAAAUAACAUUGACAGUAGGAGAAGCGUUUGACUUAGCUUAUAAGGUAGGUAGACUAGUUUAUUUUUGCAUAAGUUUAGUGCGAAACCUCAAAGUAGGUUCAACUUACUACUUUCUCUCGAAGAUCGAUGUAAUCAGUUUAUAACA